UGUCAUAAUCUUUUCGGCGUUGAUGGUGCCAUCUACUCGGAGUGAAGUUGACAGCUGUCUAGUAGCAUAACCUCUUGGUCUGUGGUGGACGGUGUUAUCCUCGAAGCUUGAACUAUGGCAAAUAUUCUGAUGAAUAUCACUAAAAGAUGCCUUGGGAGCAGUUUCCUGCAAGUUGCAAAAGUGCAACCGGUUGUCGGCGAUGGUAUCGAGAUGGGAGCUGGAGGUCUUUGGUCGUAUCUCUCAAUGAGGACGAAAAUUCGAUGCUACUUUCCUCGGCCGAAUGAAGUGAAAAGGAUAAGAGUGCACGGAUGGGAAAAGCGGAUGUCAACUCCUGCAGGUCGACGAGUACUUAUGCGACGAAUAUUGAAGGGACGUCACGUUCUUUCUCACUAGAGUAGGUUCAGAAGGGAGUGAAUUAUAAUAAUUGUGUAGAAAUAAAGUAGAAAUAGAUUGCCGCUGUGCAUCCAAGAUGCACUGGAUUUAUCCCUGUAAAUAAAACAUGGUUAUUAAUAUAACA